AUGAUUGUGCGAUCAGUCGCUCGGUCAACUAGGACCUUUCCAGUCCUUCUGAACUGUUUCAGGUGUUUGCAUAUUACACCUUCUGCUAUCAAGCACCAUGAUAUACGAAAAGUGUUUGAUGACCAAAAUUACUGGCGUGAAAUCAAUGCAGCAAAUUACGGUGUUGAUACAUCAAUGGGAAAGGGCUUAUUGAGUAAGUUUCCUCCUUCAACAUCACUGGAGACUGGCCUGUUUCAAAACCCUUUCCUUAUCUCUCCUCAGGGCCUUCGCAAGUUUAGUUUCGAAUCACUAUCUCAAGCCCAGGCCCUGGUGGAAGAAAUGAGAACGAAUCGUUCCAGCGAUGAUCUGAAAUUAUACAUCUCAAAACUUGAUCGAUUAAGUGAUAUUUUGUGCAGAGUCAUUGACCUUUGCGAAUUUAUCAGAGCCUCGCAUCCCAAUUCACAAUACGUUAAAGCUGCUCAACAAUGCCAUGAGGAGAUGUUCGAAUUCAUGAACAUUUUGAAUACAGACACAACAUUAUGCGAAAUUCUUAAGCAAGUUAUAAGAGAUAAACUCAUCCUUGGUGCGUUGACCUCAGAAGAAGUUAAAGUUGGUAAGAUACUAUUAGAUGAUUUCGAGAAGUCCGGAAUUGAUAUGGCUCCGGAAGUUCGUGAACAGUUUAUUUCACUUUCACAACAAAUAAGUCUAGUCGGUCAAGAGUUUAUUAACAACACCGAAUUUGUUCGAACAAAUUAUAUCAAGAUAAAAUGCAAAACUCUAGAAUACAGUGGAAUAAAUCCGCUGAUACUAAAACAAUUGUCUCGAGAUAUCAAAGGUCAGCAUUAUAAAGUUCCUACCUACGGAUUCCUUGCCUACUCUGUUUUAAGGAGUUGCCCUGAUGAAGAUGUCCGGAGGAAAAUUUGGACAGCAAUGCAUGAUUGUUCUGAUAAGCAAAUAUCAAGAUUAACCCAGUUAGUCAGGUUGAGAGCAUCACUAGCUAAAAUUAUGGGUAAAUCGAGUUUUUCACAAUAUCAACUUGAAGGUAAAAUGGCAAAAUCUCCCAAAUAUGUGAAUGAUUUUCUACAAUCAUUAGUCAAUGUGACACGGCCGAAGGCUGCAGAAGAGCUGAGGAUCAUUGCAGACUUAAAAUCUAAACACUUGAAAAUUCCUCAUCCUAAAACUGAAGAGGACAUUCUAAAAUUAGUGCGGCCCUGGGAUCGUGAAUUUUAUUCCACGAUAUAUGCCCUGCAACAACAAAGAAAAACUCUCAAUAAUGAGCAGCUUUCCUCCUACUUCUCGUUAGGUGCUGUCAUGCGUGGAUUAUCGGAUUUAUUCCAGAGCAUCUACGGGAUCAGACUUGAGCCUGUUGUGCCCAUGACAGGUGAAACAUGGUCGCCUGAGGUUCGCCGUGUAAAUGUAGUAGAUGAAAUGGGAGGUCUUAUUGGGGUUGUUUAUUGCGAUUUAUUUGAAAGAGAAGGAAAAACGUCGAAUCCUGCUCAUUUUACAGUAUGUUGCUCUCGCCAAAUUUAUCCUGAUGAGAAGAAUUUAUCAACUAUUCAGGUAGGGCACUCGAAACAGUCAGGCGAAUUAUUUCAACUUCCUGUGAUUUCUUUGGUUUGCAACUUUUCUAUAACACACGUCUUGGCUGAUCAAGCUCUAUGCCUCCUCCACUUGAAUGAUGUUGAGACGCUAUUUCACGAGAUGGGGCACGCUAUGCAUUCAAUGCUCGGUCGUACCUCUCUACAAAACAUAAGUGGUACUCGAUGUGCCACAGAUUUUGUCGAAUUACCUAGUAUAUUGAUGGAGCACUUUGCCAAAGAUUUUCGAGUUCUAUCUAAAAUUAGCUCACAUUAUGAGUCAAAUGAAAAGGUUCCCCAUGAGCUAUUAAAGCUUUAUCAAACGGAAUCGAAUUAUUUGCAGCACACGGAAACCUUUUCUCAAGCCAAGAUGGCUAUCUUAGAUCAGGUAAUGCAUUCAGAAGAGAUACUCAAAAAUAUGCAUAGCACUGACGUUGUUGAAAUGUACCAUACAUUAGAGAGAAAAAUGAAUGUUCUUGCAGAUGAUCAAAGCACUUGGUGUGGAAAGUUCGGUCAUUUGUUCGGAUAUGGCGCGACGUAUUAUAGCUAUCUUUUUGACCGUGCAAUUGCAAGCAAAAUAUGGCUUCAUCUAUUUGCUGAGGAUCCAUACUGUCGUGCAAGUGGCCAGAAAUUCAAAGAAAGUGUACUUAAAUGGGGUGGAUCUAGAGACCCUUGGGAAUGCAUAGCAGAUGCUUUAGAUAAUAAGGAACUGUCUAAAGGUGACGAGAAAGCAAUGGAGUUCAUCGGCGAUACCACUGACAUUUGA